GGGACCCGAGAGCACUUAUAUAUCGCAUUUACAACCGCACCACGUCGUCACUCAUCAUGCAGGCCGCCCAGCAGCCCACUUAUCCACCUCCUGCUCACACAAAUCCGCGCAGUGUGUCCAUUGUCUCCACGCAGCCAAAGCACUCGUCUUCGAUGUCGGUAUCGGUGCCCAGUGGUAUGAAGGACAAUAAGAAUGCAGCGGAGAGACUCAGAGGCGGCUGUGUCCCAUGUCCGGUGCGUGUCUUCUCAUGUGCUUGUGCCACUGCUGACUUUACUAUAGGGUGGAGGUGUCUGCUUCAUAAUCCCGUUGCCCUGCUGCUAGUAGACAGUUGCUUGCAACAUGAUAUCCAUUGACUCAAACACGACUUAGUAUACCCGGAAUUAGAUCAUUUAGUACUUUAGUACUGUAAAAUUCGCAUACGAUACUCUAGGACUAUGUAGCAUAAUAUUAAUCAGGGCUUGUCAUCGUGAUUUUGAAUUCUCCCCUUGCAAAAGCUCAUAUGGUACGGGUCUCCACCUGCA